AACAAAAUGGCAACGAGACAGAUAUUUAGUGCAAUCAUUUUGCUGGCUGUUGUUGGCCAUAUAUGCGCCUCAACUACCCCUCAAAGUGCUUUUAAGAAUGUAUUAGAAGACGUGUCGUCAUGUAAGGAUUCAUGUGAGCGAACUUAUUCGGUGCAUACUUAUCCAGAGAAGACUCAUCUGCCAGCAUGUCAGCGAGGCUGUCGGCUCUUCUCCAUCAUGGAGUUUGCCGAAGACGACUUCAUAGACUUCAAUAACACCAAGGAAAUGUGCAAAGAGGCAUGUAUCGAAGCGUAUAACGAUAAAGGGGAGAUGAAUGCCUGCCACCAAGGAUGUCAAAAUGAAGUCCCAUUUGCUACACAGAAGCGGAAAGAGUGGUCAGAGGAGGAGCCCAACGUACACAUCUUGACUCCAGUGUUAGCGAUCCAAACGUUGUGUCAACGCUUCUCACAGUUUGCCAGUUAUCGUCUGAGUUCCUGGCUCGUUUACAUGCAGGGAGAUAAUGGAGAGAUGUACAUAUUCCAGUCCCAGCCUGAGAUCGAUAUCUUCACUGCAGAUCCAAAAUUCCAAGAAGAAUUCGAUUUCGGGAAAACACUGGGCAAUCUAGAGACCAACUUGGAGGUUCUAAAUGACCACGACUCGACAGACUACCCCCAGCGCGAUGAGUUCAUGGAUGAUGGCUACGGGUGGUUGGAUUGCGUAUCCAAGAAGUCGGGGCUCCCUCGUUGGCUGCUCGGUAUCACGAUACUACUGUCUGCGCUAGCGAUGAUAUGGCUAUGUUGUGUUACCACGGCUACUGCACCAGACCACCGUAUUUCCCCAAAGAAAGUGGCAGUUUACAACGACCUGAACUACCUCAAGGACAGGAAGAAGGACUUUAUUCAUCCCGUUCUUAUCAAGAGUAUCCCAGCUAAGGCGGUCAUCGCUAAGGAGGAUGAGGACGACGAUGAUCUGCUUAUACUGGAGGUCGAGGUGAAACCUCAGCAGACCAAGAUCUAAAGAGACGGGAUCGAAGCGACGAUGUAGGGACUUUCAGUUAAGG